AUGCCUGACUCGGACUUGAACCGCUUUCAUCCCUCCACCCCAAUGCUCCCCCUACCAGGUUCCCCCUCCUUCUCCUGGGCCACCUUCCGCGGACGAUUUCAAGCCCUCUUCAACGGUGCGGAUCUACGAGUAUGCGCCGCCUUCUGGCUUUUCGGUCUAAUAAACAAUGUCCUCUACGUAAUAAUCCUCUCCGCAGCCCUCGACCUAGUCGGCCCCUCAAUCCCCAAAUCCGUCGUGCUCCUCGCCGACGUCGUCCCCUCCUUCAUCGUAAAGCUAUGUGCUCCCUACUUCAUCCACGCAAUCCCUUACCCAAUCCGCGUCCUGAUAUUUGUCACCCUAUCAGCAUCCGGCAUGCUCCUUAUAGCCAUCUCGCCAUCCUACAUACCAACCUCCACCCCCGCCAAACCCGUCUCAGCCUCCUCCUUCACCUCCGUCUUCAGUCCCGCAAAUCCCAUCUCAACCAAAAUGCUCGGCGUAAUACUCGCCAGCCUGUCCAGCGGUGGCGGCGAGCUAAGCUUCCUGGGCCUAACGCACUAUUACGGGCCUUUCGGUCUUGCGGCGUGGGGGAGCGGGACGGGUGCAGCGGGCCUUAUUGGGGCGGGGGCGUAUGCGCUGGCGACGACGACGUUUGGGUUUAGUGUGAAGGUUACGUUGUUGUUUUCGGCGGGGUUGCCGUUAGUGAUGCUUGUGAGCUUUUUUAUGGUGCUGCCGUUGGCGCCGUUGAAAUCUGCGGUUAAGAAGAGUGGGGGAUAUAGGGUUAUUGACGAGGAUGAGGGGGAGGGGGAUGUGGAUAGUGUUUUGGGGAGGGGGCACAGGAGCAGGGGGAUGGAUGAUGGACAUGUGGGUGGUGUGAGUGAGAGGGAGGGGUUUAUGGGGAGGGAUUCAGAAGUUGUAAGGGCGGAAGAGGGUAAAGUUGUUAAUGGGGGAAGGGGGGAUAUAUCUUGGAUGCAGUUCAAGGCAAAUUUGAAGAGGGCGAAGGGGCUAUUCUUUCCAUUCAUGCUCCCCCUCCUCCUCGUCUACAUAGCCGAAUACACCAUAAACCAAGGCGUUUCUCCAACCCUGCUCUUCCCACUCUCCUCAACACCCUUCAGCCACUUCCGUGCCUUCUACCCAGCCUACAACGCCAUUUAUCAAACGGGCGUCUUCAUCUCCCGCUCCUCAACCCCCUUCUUCCGCAUCCACGACCUCUACCUCCCCUCCUUCCUGCAAGUGAUCAACCUAGUCGUUCUCGUGGCGCAUGCGCUCUUCAACUUCCUGCCUAAUGUGUAUGUGGUAUUUUUGAUCGUGUUUUGGGAAGGGUUGUUGGGUGGCCUUGUGUAUGUGAAUACGUUUGCGGAGAUCACGGAGAAGGUUCCGAAGGAAGAGAGGGAGUUUUCGCUGGGGGCGACGACGGUGAAUCACGUCCUGGGAAGACCGUCUACGCAGUUUCGCAAGAUACAGGUUUUUGCAGUGGUGUCGUUUUGGUUACUCUAUCUCCUCCGAGGUAAUAACCAUGGACCACCUGGUAUCCGCCUCCUAUCCUCCCGCCUGUACAGGCGCCUCACCCCUUGGCAGGCGACCGUCAUGACCUUCCUAGGCCUCUACCUAUCCCGCAACUUCGCCAAGUUAGUCGGCCUCGAAUCCCCUGAGCCCCUAGCAAACCUAUACUCCCGCUCCUACUUCCGAGCUACAUGGGUUACUACUGCACUGGACGCGGGCUUCUGGACAGCCAUGAAUAUCAAGCGCAAGUGGCUCCGUGACAUCGCAUCUGUCGUCUUCUCGAUAUACUAUCUGAUCGCGGCGGAGCAUGCGGAUGAGAAAGUAAGAAAGGUACGGGCUGUGUUGACCGUGGAGCAUCUGCGCGUAUCCUGGAAUAAAGGUACGACGCCAUAUCUGUCGUUUCUGUCAAAGUUGAUGAGGCCGCGGGUAUGCGACUAUUCUCCGAUUCAGAUACGGAUUCCCAGGCCCAGGGAGUCUGCGUAUACGGAGCCGUGUGUUGCCUGGUUGUAUUACAAUGGCCCCCUCAGCACUUUGAAGGAUCAGACAAAUGUGGUCCUCGAUAUACCCGGUGGAGGGUUUGUGGCCAUGUCGCCGCGGACAAGCGAUGAUAAGCUCCUGGCCUGGGCGGGUAAGACGGGUGUGCCGAUUCUCAGUCUGGAUUACAAAAAGGCACCCGAACAUCCGUAUCCGUAUGCGCUGAAUGAGUGCUAUGACGUCUACCAUACUAUCGUCAGUAGUCGCGGGCGUUGUCUGGGGCUAAGUGGUAAAGUGCGGCCUAACAUUGUUAUUACGGGCGACAGUGCUGGCGGGAAUCUAGCCGCAGGUGUCACGUUGAUGAUACUGCAGUCUGGGAGUGCGGACCUGACGCGAAAGUUGAAGGGGAAGGGAGAAGGAGACUACUUUCUCCCCCCUCCAGCUGGGCUGGUGCUGAUUUACCCGGCACUGGACAUGAACAUCGGUAGCUGGAUGACGGAUGAGGAAAUGUCCUUGAUUCGCGAGCGGGGUAUGCGCAAGACGAACCGCAAUGUCCUUCGGAGGAAGAGUGAGGAAUACAUGAGAUUAACACCCGCCGCGUCCUACCUCUCAACUGCCGACGCCAACGCCAACGCCAACGCCAACGCCUGCGACGAUUCCUCAGAUCGCCACCCAGUCGUCCACGACUAUUUCGCCCAACAACACGCCGGCAUCAUACAUGAGGAACACCCUCCAUCCUUGAACAUCGAAAACAUCGACACGCCCGUCCCUGGAAACACUGCCUCCCACCUCAUAACCACCAUGACAACCUCCGCCCAGCAAAACCCCAAGCAAAUAAAAACACGACUCGCAGUCUCCUCUAUAAUCUCCUACUUCAACGAUCGCAUCCUGACACCGGAAAUGAUGCGCGCCAUGAUAAUCCUCUACAUAGGCCCAUACAACCGUCCGGACUUUAGCACAGACUACCUCCUCUCCCCCCUGCUGGCUCCCGAAUCCCUGCUCUCCAGAUUCCCCAAAACAUAUUUUUUAACAGGGGAGCGGGAUCCGUUGGUUGAUGAUACGGUUAUAUUUGCGGGGAGGAUCAGGAGGGCGAAAAUGCAUGCAUGGCGGGAACGGGCGGACUUGGGGCUUGAAAGGGUGGCUAGGGAUCGGGAUCGGAAUGGGGAUGGGGAUGAGUCGGGGUUUAAUGAGAGGAAGUGGGUGGAGGUUACCUUGAUUCCAGGGAUUUCUCAUGGGUUUCUGCAAUUCGCCGGGGUGUUUCCGGAGGCGUGGAGGGAGAUAUCUAGGGGGGCUGGGUGGAUACGGGAGUUGUUUGAGAGGGCGGGUGGGGCGGGGAGGAAUGGGGUGACAGUAGAGGGCGUAAGGGGGGGUUCUUCGAUGAUGGCGAACGAGAUACGUGGUGGUAAAUUUGGGACUAGAGCUCCUAGGAGCAGUCAAGAAGAGAAGAAUGUACCGUCAUGCCAUCACCCGCGAAGACUCACGGGGGAAUCAUCUGGGGAGGAAGACAAGCCGUUGGAAAUGAGCAUGUUAAGAAUGACGAAGAAGAGGAAUACGGCUUCGUCGCCAUCAACGUCUACCUUUCGAUCGACGAUGUUGCAGGAAAACGGUACCGCGACCAAGAUAGCCGCAGGCUCUUCGACUGCUACCCUACGACCAUCUGACGUUGUACCCACGACAGGGACAACGCCUCCUGUCGAAGAAGGACAGACACCCUGUGCCGUUAAGAGCCAAUCCCCCACUGGAAGCGGCAGCGUGAACGGCGACAGGAACUUCUCCGCCAAUCAUGGCCAGACACUGGAAAAACAAAAUGGCAUCCACGAAGACGAGGAGGACGAUGACAAGCAAAACACCCCGCCCUGGCGCAAGAAUGUGAUGAUGAAAAUUUCCCUGCAGCGCGAGAAGAGUUUGACGAGUUUGCCUAGUGAGGAGGAUUUGUUGGGGAGGCGGAUGGAGGGGUUGGCCGGGGGCUUGAUGGGGAUUGGAGAGGGGGCGCGAACACCGUAG